UGCUGGUAAUAUAAGUUCUCGUCGAGAACAGCACACAGCAUCUGUCUUAUCAGAUGGUAAAGUGUUAAUACUUGGUGGCGGCAUCAAUCAUUUUACUGCCGGAAAUAGUGCUGAGUUAUACGAUCCAUCAUCAAGAAAAUGGACAAAUGUUGGCAAUAUGUCUAGUGCUCGAACGGAUCAUACAGCAUCUGUUUUAUUAGACGGCAAAGUCUUAGUGGUUGGUGGAUACAAUGGAUCUGUAACACAUAAUACUGCUGAAUUAUAUGAUCCAUCAUUCAGACAAUGGACAAAUGUUGCUAAUAUGACUACUUCUCGAAGCCUUCAUACAGCAACUGUAUUAUCAGAUGGCAAAGUCUUAGUAGUUGGUGGAGAAAAUAAUGCUGGUUGGUUAGAUACUGCUGAAUUAUAUGACCCAUCAUCCAGAAGUUGGACGCCCGCUGCACGCAUGACAUAUUUACGAAGUGACGCUGCCGUGGUUACAUUAUUGGAUGGAAACAUAUUAAUGAUAGGCGGCUCUUAUAGAAAUCCUCUGAAGAGUGUCGAAUUGUAUUAUCCAUGA